CCUGUCCCCUCCCGGUGUCCCCUGCAGGCCAAGCUGGAGGUGGCCGUGGCGCAGGAGCUGCAGCUCAGCGAGGACAGGUGGCCCGAGGAUGUCACCAGCCAGGACACGGAGGACGGGCUGGCCACGCGUGUCACGGGGCUGCUGCGGGCGCACGUGGACCGAGCCCCCCAGGUGACCCCCGAGUUCGGGCGGGAGAUGGCGCACAGCCUGCUGGGCGUGCUGGUGGCCUUCCUGCACAGCGCUGUCCCCAGCUUCCAGCGCAAGGUCGAGCGCUUCCUGGAAGCCCCCGGCGACGUCCCCGCGCCCGACGCCGCCCGCGCCAUCGCCCUGGCCAACUGCGUCCCGCCCUUCCGGGCGUUCUCCGAGCGGCUGGCGCAGUUCGGGCACGCCGAGAGCGAGGAGCCGCGGCGCCAGGCGCACGCCGCGCUGGACCGCGUCACCCGCGCCUGCGGCCACCACCUCACGCGGCGCCUCUUCGAGGACCUCAAGCCCCACUUCGGGAAGCUGAUGAAGCGCAAGUGGCUGACGAGCCCGGACGCCUUCGACGCCAUCGUCAUCCUCGUCACCGGCUUCGCGCAGACGCUGCAGCCGCUGCACCCCGAGCCGCGCCAGGUGCUGGUCAGCGAGCUGCACCGCCGCGUGCUCAUCGAGUACGUGCGGCCGCUGCUGCAGGGACGCCUGGUGUGCGCCUCGGCCAAGGCGCGCGCCCGCGUGGCCGCCCGCCUGGGCGACGAGGCCCGCCAGCUCCGCGAGCUCUUCACGCGCCUGGAGUCGGCGUCGCCCUGGCUGGACUCGGUGGUGCCGCGGCUGCGGGAGCUGCUGGUGCUGGAGGACACGGCCGCGCUGCAGAUGGAGGUCGGCGCCCUGGCCAGGGACUUCCCCGACGUCCGGUGGGUGCCGCGGGGACACCGGGGGGUGACAAAACCGGGGGUGGCACCGUGGGGGUGACACAGCCGGGGGUGG